GAUGCUUUAUUAUUACUUUGAAUUUAGGGUGUUUUGGUGGUUUUUUUUUAACCUAACGCUGCACUUGUUUCUUUAAGCAAGAGCAUGCAAGCAACACAGGUGGAGAAGUUAACAAAACAUAGCCAGAAGAAUCCUAAGCUCUUGUAGCUCUUGUCAGCAUGCUCAGAUGUGCUUUCAUCUGUUGUGCACGUGGCUUUUCUUGAUUCCCUUUCUGCUGGGAGUUGCCCUGAGCAGCAGCCCGCCCGCAGCAGGGUGCCUUCCUGGCAGGGAGCUGCACUGCUUCCUGCACAGCCUCCAUGUCAGAAAGCAGGCAGCUGGACUAAGAAACGGAUUGGUUACAAACUAAUUUUUAACUGCGCUCAAAAACGUCUCAUUUAAUCAUAGCUUGCUUUAUCAAACACUGCAUUCGUGGGCGUAGUAACUAUAGGGUUGUAUGGAAGAGCUCUCUUAAGACUGAAUUAAGUGGGAUCGUUAUGGAAAUUAAAUCUCGGUAAUAUUCAGAAUACAGAAACAAACCCAUUUAAGUGCAAGAGUAAUGAGUGAGCACAUUAGACUUGUACUACAGGCUCCCAAGCUAGAGGCUCAUGGCUUUAGGGCAGUGGAGCUUGGUUAUGCUACCUGGUCCUGAUCUUUUUGUUUCCAAUAUUACGUACUCAAGCUGCGUUUCUCUGGGGAUGAAUCGUAACUGCAUGGUGAAAUAAGUUACUGUUGAUGGAAUAUUUUUUGUGUGUGUUGUAUAGUCAGGAUUAAUCUUGAGCUCUGUCCUGAAAACAACCUAGAUUCUCAUCUUUUUCUGCAUCUACAGACUCACACCAAACUUCUUAACUUGGGUGAUUCGGUGUCUGUUCACAUUUCAUACCUGCUCUGCCCUCCCAUAUAAAGCACUUUCCUGUUAACUUUCACCAAGCACUAUACAUCUGAUUUAAACAAGGUGUUCUUAAGAAAUAACCUGAGGCCUGCAAGACUACUUGUGGAAAAGUACCAACUUGCUCCCUGCUGCCAUCUCUUUGUGUGGAUUUUAUAACCUCCCCCUACUUCAGAUCUGAUGAUCACACGUAAAUUCUGCUGCACACUAUGCAGUCAGCUGGACAGAGGAGGGGAAGGCACAUCAUAAACCCAUUUUCUGCCAUUGAAGAAACUGUUCUGCCUGGCUGAGAAGGCAGGAGAUGCAAAUUUAAAGAACGCAAAUCAAGAAAGACUGUCUUAAAGACCAAAAGAUGGAGAACUGUCACCUUUUCUUCAUGCUAUUUUCCUACCUCAAGGUGUGCGGAACAGUGUAUGGUAAACAAAGCGUGGAGCUUCAAAGUGAUGUUAAAAAAAAAAAUCAGUUGUACUGAGUAACACACUGUGAGAACGUGUUUUUAAAGAUUGCAGCAUAACAUCUGGGAUCUUUUACGCUUAUGUCAUUCAGUUUCUGAUCUUUGAGGGCUGACUUAGAUAAUUUGCCUAACACCUGGCUACUUUGCAUGUACCAACUUGUACGUAGUUUUGCAAAAGGUGUACGUGACUGUAAAUUUCCAACAGACUAAACAAUUGUUUGAAUUAUUACUUAAACUGAAUUCAAAUCCUUUCAUUUCAUUCAUAGUAUUCAUUUCUUAAGGCUUGUGGCUAAUAUAGUCUAUAUGUAUCUUUUCAGAAAAGCUUACGAGUGAAAUAUCCCUGAUAAGUAAAAGUUCAAGUUCAGGAAACAGCAUAACAAUAUGAGUUACUACUGAACACCUCAAUAUCUAAACAAAGCCACAGAUUUCCUGUUUCUAGUCAGAUUUUUUUUUCUAUUCUUAAUGUCUAACCUGACACUAAAAUCCAAAAUAUUACAGCCCUUGUAAUCCUCAGUCUCAGACAUUAUGAGUGACUUUGGUACUGACAGAGCCAGGCUGCUGGGAGGACAGGACUUAGUGUGCUGUGGUUACUGGAAUCAAUUUGAUUAGGAUAACUUUGUUUACACUGUUCUCACAGGGAAAAGUUAUGCUCAAUUUUAAUCCUACAUUACCGUUCUGUGCACAAGAAGAUGAUAACGAAAAUUACUACCCAAAUAGACUUCUGUGUGGUGUCGCUAAUAGUCCUAACCCUCUUCCAUGUGAUGGACACGGGGGUUAUACCUCUUAGACUUGGUUGUCUGUAACUUCCAUUUCCGCAGGGAGCACGGCCGCUUCCAAAGCAGAUGGCAGCAGGCUUCUCUUAACGCGGUGUGGUUGGCUCAGAGGUCACGUAAUCGCCCCUAGGCCUGCUGUCGGCCGCCUCCAUCAGGGCCUGUGUUGACUGAAGCGGUAGCUCCCUGUCUGGGUUUUGAGGGUUUUGGCUGGUUGUUGUGAGUUUGUUUUUGUUGGCGGUGGGUUUUGCCUUCUUUUCGCCUCGCCCCGCGUUCAGGUUACGAGGAGCGCUUCCCGCCCCCACGGAGGAGGCGCUGUGCGCGCGCAAGGCGCCCCGCUCGCGGCGCGAAUUAUUUCUAAAAUGGCGCCCGGCCCGGCGCGCGGUCCGCGCGAACCUCGCUCAAUCUCGCGAGAGAUCGGGAUUGUUGGGGGGGCGCUGUUGCCAUGCUGCGCGGUACCACGCCAUGGAGGAGCGCGCCAACCUCAUGAACAUGAUGAAGCUGAGCAUCAAAACCCUGAUCCAGUCGGCCCUGAGCCUGGGCCGCACCCUGGACUCCGACUUCCCUCCUCUGCAGCAGUUCUUCGUGGUGCUGGAGCACUGCCUCAAGCACGGCCUGAAAGUGAAGAAGACCUUUAUUGGACAGAACAAAUCAUUCUUUGGUCCUUUGGAGCUAGUGGAAAAGCUUUGUCCUGAAGCAUCAGAUAUAGCAACUAGCGUUAAAAAUCUGCCAGAGCUGAAGACUGCUGUAGGAAGAGGAAGGGCUUGGCUUUAUCUGGCACUCAUGCAGAAGAAACUGGCAGAUUAUCUUAAAGUGCUUUUGGACCAUAAACAUCUCUUAAGUGAAUUUUACGAGCCUGAUGCAUUGAUGAUGGAGGAGGAGGGAGCAGUCAUUGUGGGUCUCUUAGUUGGACUGAAUGUUAUUGAUGCCAACCUUUGCUUGAAAGGAGAAGACUUGGAUUCCCAGGUUGGAGUGAUUGACUUUUCUUUGUACCUUAAGGAAACUCAAGAUAGUGAUGGCAAACAAGAUGGAGGGAUUACUGCUGUCCUUGACCAGAAGCAUUAUGUAGAAGAGCUGAACCGGCAUCUAAGUUGCACAGUCACAGAUCUUCAAAACAAAAUAGACUGCUUAGAAAAGACAAACUCAAAGCUGCAGGAGGAGCUCGCAGCAGCAACUGACCGGAUUGGAUCACUUCAGGAAGAGCAGCAGCAGUUAAAACAACAGAAUGAAUUGAUUCGUGAACGGAGUGAAAAAAGUGUUGAGGUAACAAAAGAGGAUACAAAGGUAGAAGUGGAUACUUACCGGCAGUCCCGGCAGGGUCUGGAUGAAAUGUACAGUGAUGUCUGGAAGCAGUUGAAAGAAGAAAAAAAAAUCAGGCUGGAACUAGAGAAAGAGUUGGAGCUACAGAUUGGAAUGAAAACUGAAAUGGAAAUAGCCAUGAAACUACUGGAAAAAGAUACUCAUGAGAAACAAGACACCUUGGUUGCGCUUCGUCAACAGCUAGAAGAAGUGAAAGCAAUUAACUUGCAGAUGUUUCACAAAUCUCAGAAUGCAGAGUGUUCUUUACAACAGAAAGCAGAAGUGAUUUCUUCUUUUGAAGGAAAAACGAAUGAGAUGAUGUCUUCUAUGAAACAAAUGGAAGAGAGAUUGCAGCAUGCAGAAAAGGCAAGGCAAGCUGCAGAAGAAAGAUGCAACAAGAUGAAGCAAGAGCUCGCCAGCAGGCUUGACACUUGUCGGCACCAAAUGUCCCAGCUGGAUAGCAAAUGCUCAUCUCUGGAAAAGGAAUUAAAAUCUGAAAAGGAACAGAGACAAACUUUGCAAAGAGAACUACACCAAGAGAAGGAUGCCACCUCUCUGCUUAAAACAGAAUUGGAACAAAUGGAAGGACUGAAAAAGGAACUGAGAAAAUUGCAAGAUGAGAAGCAGCAGCUAGAGAAAGUGUGUGAGGAACAGGAGCAAGCUCUUCAAGAAAUGGGACUUCAUCUCAGCCAAUCUAAGUUGAAGAUGGAAGACAUUAAAGAAGUAAAUAAAGCACUAAAGGGUCAUACCUGGCUGAAAGAUGAUGAAGCAACACACUGCAAGCAAUGUGAAAAGGAAUUCUCUAUCUCACGAAGAAAGCAUCACUGCAGAAACUGUGGGGACAUCUUCUGCAACACUUGCUCCAGCAAUGAACUCGCACUGCCAUCGUAUCCUAAACCCGUCCGUGUUUGUGAUACUUGUCACACUUUAUUACUUCAGCGGUGUUCAUCUAACUCCUCCUAA